AGAUAUCAACUGAGUAAACUUUGUAUCAAGCAUAUCAUUAUCUUGAUAUCUGUCAUUGUCUGUUAUCAGUGAUCUUCUCGAACAUGGCUGCCACGAAUGUCAUGACUGCUCCUGCCCUUCCUGACCCCCCCAUCAUGAACGAGACGCCCGAAACGUACCACUAUGUUCCUCAAGAUCUUUCAUCCAAGAUUCCUCAAACAGCCUCAUUAGAAGUUUCACAAGAAAUCCCUCAAGAGGAACAGUCACAAGAAUCUUCUCAUGUGGUAGAACCAGAAAUUCCUGAGACUAUCCAAGAGUUGCCCAAAGAAGUUGCUCAAGAACUUUCUACUGAAGAAGUCAAAGUGACUCGACAGAAACCUUCAACCAGAGAAGGAAAACCUAUCAUUCCCGUCAAAGAUGACCUGCCACCCUCCGAGCGCGUCACUUUUGAUCCAGCUAAACAUAUCAAGUUCACACCUCCUUCAAAAGUAUGGACGAUGCAAGAGCUCGACUACGCCGAAGGCCAAGGUAUCUCUCCCGUAGGUGUGUCAGAGCCGUUCCCUCUCUUCAGCGAGGAAGCAGUCAAGCAGAUGCGAGCGGAAAUUCUUAGCGAAAAGGUUUGGGACAAGUACAAAUACUCCAGUAACCUUUCCCAAUGCCAGCUGCGUGGAUAUGCUCCAGAAUGCGCUCCGUUUAUUUAUGACGCGUGGAAGAGUCCUGAAGUCCUGGAGAUCAUCUCCAAGAUUGCCGGCAUUGACCUGGUCCCCGUCAUGGACUGGGAAAUUGCUCACAUUAACAUUGCUGUAAAGAGUGAGGAAGAGAAAGCCAAGGAGCUGGAGAUCGUACAUCGCAAUGCUGACGAGGGGGUUGCUGACUGUGCGUUGGAGGAAGAUGAUCAACCAGUCGUCGACUGGCACACUGACAGUUAUCCUUUUGUCUGCGUGACCAUGCUCUCUGACUGCACCACUAUGGUUGGCGGAGAAACCAUGUUGCGGAAGGGUAACGGCGGUACUGUCAAAGUUCGCGGUCCUCAAAUGGGCUCUGCUGUCAUUCUUCAAGGUCGCUAUAUCGAGCAUCAAGCUCUUCGUGCCUUGGGCGCCGCCGAACGUAUUACUUCCGUGACCUCCUUCCGUCCCCGAUCAGCCGCCGUCAAGGACGACACUGUCCUCACCACAGUGCGCGGCAUCUCCGACCUCAAAGAACUCUACCACCAAUACGCCGAAUACCGUUUUGAGAUUUUGCAAGAUCGUUUCCAGGCCAUGGGUCGCAAAUUGAGGGAUCGCAAGCGGGCAAGUCGACCAUUUGAUACAGCUGCAACAAAGAGAUUUAUUCGGGAGCAGAUUGAGUUCCUUGAAGCUAUGGACCGGGAGAUGGUAAGCGACGAAUUGGUGCAAAAGGGAUAUAUUGGUGAUGGUCAUCUGGUUUCUGAAGAAACUCGACAAACUGCCAAGAGGAGAGGUCUUUACGUUGAGGAGACUGUUGCCGCGUAGGGGAUCAAUCCGCUUAUGAAAAUUUGAUAAAUUUCCUUUGUGGUUCUGGAUACAAUCGUUUUGCAUGAAGUCGUACUUUUCAGAUAGCUUGGUUUAAUUGGUUGCUUGGGAUCUUUUUCAUUUCGCUUGGGGUUUCUCUGACAUAUGAUUGUCGCUUGGAGUGAUAUAAGUCGCUCUCGGCUGAUGUUUGUUCGUAUCUAUUUUGAAGCGUUUUUGUCUAUAUUUUUCGAUUCGGGAGACUUCGAUUUCUGCUUCAAUAAGACUGCGUUGGUGUUUGUCGCUGAUUGAAAU